AUGAGGCAAAGCACCUUGCAAAUGAAAAAACAGUUUGGAACCUUGGCCACGCUCGGGAUCGCCUUCGCCAUUCUGAACUCAUGGGUUGCCGAAGCUGGGAGUAUGUUGGCUCCCAUUGCAUUGGGCGGGCCCGUGACCAUCGUCUGGGGUUGCGUGGCAGCAGCCAUCUUUACUACUGUCUUAUGCCUCGGUGUGGCCGAGUUGGCAUCCGCAUUUCCAGGAGCAGGGGGGCCAUACCAUUACACUUAUGUCCUCGCCAGCGAGGCUCACCGCAAGUUCUUGAGUUUCGUCGUUGGCUGGAGCAACCUCAUUGCUUGGUGGUUUAUCAUUAGUUCUGCGGCUCUGUUUCUGGCAUCCUUCGUGGUAGGAAUGGCGAUUUUGACACAUCCCGACUAUGUAGCCAAAGCAUGGCAGGUCUGGCUGGUAUAUGUGGCCAUCAUUGUCGUCGCUACGAUCAUCGUGAUCGGGGGCAACGAUAUCAUGUCAUUUUUGACAUCGAUGUCUUUAUACUGGAGUCUCGGCUGCUUCUUCAUCUGUUUCAUUACAGCCGUGGCCAUGCAUGCGGGUGAACCCUACCGGAAUGCCAGUUUCGUUUUCGGGAAUUUCUCGAAUGAGUCCGGAUGGAGCAGUAGCGGCACGGCCUUUGUCAUAGGAUGGAUGCUUUCUACCUACAAUUUCCUAGGAAUCGAUGCAGCGACGCAUCUCUCAGAAGAAAUGCCGCAUCCCGAGAUAGAAGUCCCUCGGGCCAUGGUUGGCGCCAUCGCCACGGGCUUAGUCACAGCAUUUCUCUUCCUCAUCGCACUAUUGUUCUGUAUCACUGAUAUAAAUGAAAUCGUGACAAGCCCGACGGGUGUUCCAAUAUUGGCCAUCUUCUACCAGGCAACUGGGAGUAAAGCGGCCGCCAUCGCAUUGACAUGUCUGAUCUUUGUGAGCAUCAUGUUUUCCGAACUUGCUGGGAUCCUCGUCGCUGGUCGCACAGCGUGGGCCUUUGCUCGAGACAAUGGUUUGCCCUUUUCGAAAUAUUUUAGUGAACUGAAUGAGACGGUCAAGUCACCAGUCAGGGCGACGUUGCUCUCCUCAUUCCUCGCCAUUGCUUACGGCGCCAUCUACAUCGGCUCGGUGGUGGCGUUUCAGUCCAUCGUCGGCUCCAGCAUCAUUAUGCUGUUCACCACAUAUGCCGUCCCACAAGCCAUUCUAGCCACUCGUGGCCGCCACCUACUCCCAGCCCGGCCAUUCAAGUUGGGGAAAAUCGGCUGGGCGUUGAAUGCACUCGCACCUUUCUUGGUCAUCUUUUGCACAGUUAUUUUGUGCUUUCCAGUCACUCUUCCCGUCACUGUUGGAACAAUGAACUAUCUCUCCGUCAUUGUGGUUGGAUGCUGGGUCUUGAUCGUCUGCUUCUAUUUCAUUGCGAAAAGGGGACAUUACCUGGGCCCGGUGCUUGAGAUGCCCAGCGACAUGCAUAAUUAA